AACCCUGCGUGGCGCGUAGCUGUGUGCGUUCGCCAGCCCCACGAGCCCUCCGUCUGAGGCUGACCGGGGCGUCUCGACCCUUCCCGCCCAGCUUGGGGCAGAGGAAGCCGAAAGUAGCUUCAGCGAAGUGAAGCGCCCGGGGCAGCCGUGGACAGACCUUAACUUUGCAGAGACCGGGAUGUGUAGGGCGAGGCCGUAAGGACCUGACUCAUCUUCUCCAUCCCCCUUCUACCCUACUCCCCAUCUAGUGGGCUCCGGGCUUCCAGCUGUCAGCACUCCCAACCCCGAUUUCGUGGCAGGGUGUGGCGACCCCGAUUUCUGUUUGCAAGCACAGCCAGCAGUCCAAGAGCCAGGUCCCAAGGCUGGAUAUCUUUUGCCUCGGCUGCUAGCCCGGGCUUCAGAGUCUUGGGUACAGGCCACUGAGCGUGGGCCCGAGCGAAGCACCACGCACUAUGGCCGACCGGCAGGCGGGCCCCGGGGCCGGGGACUGGGAGAUCGACGUAGAGAGCCUGGAGCUGGAGGAGGACAACCGCGGGGCGCCGCCGCCAACGCCGCCCGGGCCCAGCCCGCCGCAGCCCGAGGAGGACGGCGAGGAUGACGACGAAGAGGACGAGGAUGACGACGAUGUGGACUACGAGGGCGACGGCGAGGAGGCAGGCGCGUCCCCAGGGGUGUCGUGUAGGCCGCCACAGCAUGGGGUCACCCAGCCGAGGCCGCCUCCCGCGCCGCAGGCCUCGCAGGCCUCCCAGGCCCCCGCCGGGCCCCCGGAGCGCAGCGCGCACGCAGGCGGCGGCGCGGAGCCGCGCAAGCUGAGCCGCACGCCCAAGUGCGCGCGCUGCCGCAACCACGGCGUAGUGUCCUGUCUCAAGGGUCACAAACGCUUCUGCCGCUGGCGUGACUGCCAGUGUGCCAACUGCCUACUGGUGGUGGAGCGGCAGCGCGUCAUGGCCGCCCAGGUGGCGCUCCGGAGGCAGCAGGCCACAGAGGACAAGAAGGGGCUUUCUGGGAAACAGAAUAACUUCGAGCGCAAAGCUGUGUAUCAGAGGCAAGUCAGGACACCCAGUUUGCUGGCCAAAAGUAUUUUAGAAGGCUACCGCCCCAUCCCAGCAGAGACUUAUGUGGGAGGGAGCUUACCUCUACCUCCCCCAGUAAGUGACCGGAUGAGGAAAAGGCGGGCCUUUGCUGAUAAAGAAUUGGAGAACAUUAUGCUGGAGAGAGAAUAUAAAGAGAGAGAGAUGUUGGAAGCUUCCCAAGCUGCUGCGUUGUUCCUGCCCAACCACGUGGUACAUGGACCUGAAUACAACUCCUACAAAAGUGCUUACAGCCCAACCCCAGCGGAACCACCAAACAAAGACUUCUGUAAUUUUUUGCCUACCUGCCUUGAUCUAACCAUGCAAUAUUCGGGGUCUGGGAAUAUGGAACUAAUUUCUUCUAAUGUCAGCGUGGCCACGACUUACAGACAGUAUCCCUUGUCCUCAAGAUUUUUAGUUUGGCCCAAGUGUGGCCCCAUUAGUGACACUCUCCUCUACCAGCAAUGCCUGCUAAACACCACCACCUCAGUUCAAGCCCUGAAACCUGGGGCCAGCUGGGACUUGAAGGGAGUACAAGUCCAGGAUGGACUGGUUGCAGAACAUGAUAUGAUGCCACCAAAACUGGAAGGUUCUCUGGUGCUGCCUCACACUCCUGAGGUCCAGACCUUUAGAAGUGACCUUCAGGGUCACCAGGCUGUCCCUGAGAGGUCUGCAUUCUCCCCACCCCGACGGAAUUUCUCUCCGAUUGUUGACCCGGACUCCCUGGCAGCUCAAGGGCACAUCUUAACCAAGAUCAGCAAAGAAAGCACCAGGCACCCUCUGCCACUUAAACAUAAUCCAUUCCACUCAUUAUUCCAGCAAACUCUUAAUGACAAAUCAGGUUCUGAGUUGAAAACACCAUUUGUCAAAGAGGCCUUUGAAGAGGCCCCUAAGAAACACAGAGAGUGUUUAGUCAAGGAGAACCAGAAGUACACAUUUACAAUAGAUAGAUGUGCAAAAGACCUUUUUGUAGCCAAACAAGUUGGAACAAAACUCUCGGUGAAUGAACCGCUGUCAUUUUCUGUUGAGUCUAUUCUCAAAAGGCCUUCAUCUGCCAUCACUCACAUCUCUCAGUGAAAGCCUGCUGAAAUGGAAAGCUGGAUUUUCUGCAGUCUCAGAAGGUUCUUACCAGUUGCUGAUUUUUUUAAAAAGAAAAAAGUUAAGAUGUUUGUAUAAAGGAAUUUCUAAUGUAAAUGAUGGUGAUUAAAAAAUUUAUAUUCAUGUGCAUGUACUUCUUCUCACCACAUGUUUAAACUUAAAAAUGGAAGUUGCUUAUGUGCAAAUUAUAAAGUUUCACACUUUACACAUAAUUUCAAAAAGCAAUAAAAUUGAC